AUGCUAUCAUUUCACUCGUUUUUCUCCAUAUCUCUUGCAAUAGCCAUCAUAUUUGUCUCCAGAUUCUCCAUCACAGAAGCUAACAAUGGUGGUUUCACUGUGGAUCUAAUACACCGAGACUCGCCAAAAUCUCUAUUCCACAACCCUUCUCUAACUCCUUCACAACGCCUGAACAAUGCUUUGCAACGUUCAUUUUCCCGUGUUCAUCAUCUCAUGUCAUUCUCUCCCCAAUCAGCUUCAGCCAAUGUAACCCCCAAUGGUGGAGAAUAUAUCAUGAAGAUAUCCAUGGGGACCCCACCGGUUCAAAUUCCUGCAAUUGUCGAUACUGCCCAAACAGUUCUUCUUCAUAUAAAGUGGUACCUUGUGGUUCAAAACAAUGCCUAUCUUUUCCAAGAACUUCUUGCCUCCCAACUACGAAUACUUGCCAGUGCUCGGUCAGUUAUGGAGACAAAUCUUUCCGUCGCAGAUCUCGCCACUGAAACGGUAAAAUUGGGUUCCACCACCCUCCAUGACAUCAUUUUUGGCUGUGGACACGACAACGACAGCCCGUUUAGCAAUGCUAGAGCUGGCAUAGUCGGCCUCGGAGGUAGUCAAGUUUCGCUUAUCUCACAGAUGGGAUCUCCCAUUGGAGGCAAAUUUUCUUAUUGCUUGGUACCAAUGUCUGCCCAAAACACCAAGGCCAGCAAAAUGAACUUUGGAGGCAGUGGUGUGGUUUCAGGGCGUGGGGUGGUUUCAACUCCAAUAGUCUCAAAAUCCCCACAUGCUUUCUAUUUCUUGACACUGGAAGGAAUCAGUGUUGCAAACAAAAGGCUGGACUUUUACAUGUCCUCAGCCUCAUCAAAUGCUUCUAAGUUAGCUCAGGCUGGUAACAUCGUCAUUGACUCUGGUUCAACCCUGACCCUCCUUCCACCGGAUCUCUACAGCCGAUUAGUCUCGGCCGUGAAAAGUACGAUCAAGGCCCAACCGGUCAAGGAUCCAAAAUUGAUGCUAAGUUUGUGCUACUCUAAGUUGAAUUUUAGUUCCAUACCUAUUAUUAUUGUGCAUUUCAGGGGUGGAGACUUGAAGAUGAAUCCAUUGAACACCUUUGUUAGGACUAGCUUGUUUUCCAUAUACUUGGGUUUUGCCCCAGCUAGAGAGAUUGCCAUUUAUGGUAACCUGGCACAGGUGAACUUUUAUGUGGGCUUAUGA